AUGCCCUCCUACUUUUACCACAUUGCGAUCGAAUUAUUUGCUCGCCCGCACUCUGACCUCCAAGGCACAUACCCAGGCGUGGACAAGCACUCGACGUCGCUAUCUUUCGACUCCGCAUGCGAAUCUCUACUCCCGUUCCAGAAGCGCCGGCACUCACCGUGGGCACAUCGAUCUUCUCGUCAUCAAGCGCAUGGGAAACACCCACGCCCCUCACCCAACACUUUCGCCGAAACCCACGGCUCAGACUCUACAACCAGCGUUGCAGACCUCCGUACCCCUCACCUCUACACGACUUCGCCGACAAGCGCAUCCGACUUCGAGCGCGACCUCAGGCUUGAUAAAGUAUCCAUCGAGUGCAUUGACAUGAUUCCAUCGGAGCAGGACACAACUGCUGCGAAGCGGACGGGCUGGAAGAAUGCAAAGGAGAAUCCCAUCGCGACCGGGAUCGGCACGGAUAUCUUGGGAGGACUACGCACGAAAGGCAAAUACAUACCGCUAGACCAGAGUACGUCGGAGAGUGUUUGGGGAAUCGUGCAUCUUUACCGAGAUGCUGGGGAGACGCCGUUCUUGACAGAAGAGGACUACCCCUCGUACUUGAAAGGUUCGGCAGCUGCGGCGAGGACACCGUACGAUGAAGUGGCCGGCAGCAGUAGGCCCCCGCGCGCAGAAGAGCAUAUGCCCGAUGAGGAUUGCACAACGCUAUGCAUCCUAGCCGUGCCUUCCUAUAUGUCGCCGUCCGACUUUUUGGGGUUCGUGGGCGAAUCGACUAUGAACGAUGUCAAUCAUUUUCGCAUGAUCAAGACCGCUCGAGCGAACCGGUAUAUGGUUUUGAUGAAGUUCCGCAACGGAAAGAAGGCCAAGGAGUGGCAGAAAGACUGGAAUGGAAAGGUGUUUAACAGCAUGGAGCCCGAAACGUGUCAUGUCGUCUUCGUGAAAACCGUCGAGAUACAAGCCGUUGAGCCGGGCGCGCUGCCACUGGCGCCUCCUACCCCUGCGCUUAUUGAACUGCCAACAUGCCCAGUGUGUCUAGAGCGCAUGGAUGAGACCACCGGCUUGCUGACCAUCAUAUGCCAGCACGUCUUUCACUGCACGUGUUUACAGAAGUGGAAAGGAAGUGGCUGCCCGGUAUGUCGAUACACACAAGACGACAUCCGGCGAAACAGCCAAGCCGCAUUAUAUGAUGAUGAACCAGCCGAGUGCAGCGUGUGCCACUCGGACAUUAACCUCUGGAUAUGCCUUAUCUGCGGAAACGUCGGCUGUGGACGCUAUGAUGGGGCACAUGCAUUUGCGCAUUACAAGGAAACGGCGCAUGCCUUUGCUAUGGAUCUCUCUACGCAGCGCGUCUGGGACUACGUCGGCGAUGCCUACGUGCACCGCAUCAUCCAAAGCAAAACCGACGGCAAGCUCGUGGAACUCCCAGCAGCCGACAACAGUGCGCUUGACCCUCCAGACUGGACGGACGCCGUUCCGCGGGAGAAGCUAGAAAACAUGAGCGUGGAAUAUACUCACUUACUUACUAGCCAACUUGAAAGCCAGCGGGCCUAUUUCGAAGAGGUAGUUGAGCGCGCCGUGGACAAAGCGUCUCAGGCCAGUGCUGCCGCCUCUUCCGCGCAGGACGCAGUCGAGAAAGCCACCGCCAGCUUGAAGAGUCUACAGGCGCAAUAUGACACCCUGACUAGCGAGAUCAUCCCCGGACUGGAGCGCGAUAAGGCGCGGGCCGAAAAGCGCGCGGAGAAGUUCGAGACCAUGACGCGCAAGAUGGAGAAGGAGUGGCGGGAAGAGAAGACGAUGAAUGAGAAUCUGAUAGAACGGGUUGAGCUUUUGAAGUCCGAGGUGGAGAGUCUGAAACUUGCGAAUGCAGACUUGACGGAACAGAACCGGGAUCUCACGUUCUUUAUUAGCGGGUCGGCGCGACUGCAGAAUCAGGGCGAUGAUGUGGUGCAGGGGACGGUCAGUGUGCCUGAACCGGAGAAGCCGAAGAAGAAGGGGAAGGGGAGGAAGAAGUAA